AGUCUUGCACAGAUGUAUCGGCUCCUCCCCUUCAGUCUCGUACAGGUGUACCAGCUCCUCCCCUUCAGUCUCGUACAGGUGUACCGGCUCCUCCCCUUCAGUCUUGCGUACAGGUGUACCAGCUCCUCCCCUUCAGUCUUGCGCAGGUGUACCAGCUCCUCCCCUUCAGUCUUGCGCAGGUGUACCGGCUCCUCCCCUUCAGUCUUGCCCAGUUGUACCGGCUCCUCCCCUCCGGUCUUGCACAGGUGUAGCGGCUCUUCUCCUGGACUGAAACGGCUUCCUCUGAUUUCCCUGCACACUGUGAGCUUCUCCCAAUGUGCAUUAGAAGCUGCAGAUAGAGGCUGCCUCAUUUCCUCCACAGCCCGGCCAUUUAGUUCAUUGGAUUUCACUUCUUUCAAUCAUGGAGGCUCAGAUGUCACAUGGGCAUGUCCUGGGGCAGCCUUCAUGCAAACACGUUCUAUCACCCACCCGUCAGGGAAUCUUAGCAUUGGCAGAACUCCUCCCACUGCUUGCAUAAGGACUCGAGAG